AUGUUGGACACUUUGACAUUCAUGUUCAUAGAUCACUUUGGGUUCCGAAAACUGGAAGGAUUUUUUGCUUUUUUGAUUGCUGUUAUGGCUGUUACCUUUGGAUUUGAAGUAAGUUUACAACUAGUCGAAAAGUCAUAAACUUUCAAAAAAAAAAUUUUUUUUGAAAAACAAAUUUGAUCGUAUAAAAUGUCUUCAACGCCGAAAAGUCAGAUAUUUUUCCUAGGCAUCUUUUGGAAUGUUCCGAAGAGGUUUUUGUGUUUAUUUUCAAUCAAAGCUCAAAUUGACGAUAAUGUGACGAAGUGUUAACAAAAUUAUUGAUUUUUGAAAAUAGCAAAGCUUCGACAAAAGAAUCAUCAAAUUAAAUAUAUUUUUCAGUUCUUCACAGUCCAGCCGGAUGCUGUCGACCUCGCCAAAGGCAUGUUUAUUCCAUGGUGCCCGGGCUGUGGUCAACAGGAAUUCCUGAUGGGAAUCAGCGUAGUUGGCGCCGUGAUUCAGCCACAUAAUUUGUAUCUGCAUUCCGCGUUGGUUCGGACUCGAAAAAUCGACCGAACAAAGAGCAAGGCCGUGGAAGAAGCUACAUUUUAUUAUUCGAUUGAAUGCGCAGUAGUGUUGUUCUGCUCGUUUAUUAUCAACAUGUUUGUUCUUGGGGUCUUUGCUCAUGGAUUGUAUGACAAGACCAAUUUGGAAGUGGUAGGCGGGAUUUUGGCAAUAAAAGUAUUGAGAUAGUACUAAUCACGACAAAAAUUAACUAAACAAAUAUGUUUUUAAAAUGUCUCUAGAAGGGUUUUGAAAUAACGUAUCAAAGCCUAUAACUUAACGCUAAUACAUUCAGCGAGAAUCCUGCAACAACCGAGAUGUCCUGGAUCCCACUCUUUUCCCCAUGAAUAACGAGACUGUCAAAGCGGACCUCUACAAAGGCGGGAUCUUCCUAGAAUGCACAUUUGGCAAGCUAGCCCUUAUUGUUUGA